AUAUAUGUUUGACCCAAGUGUAAACAAAGCAGUCCGCUCAAGGAGAGCAUUGGUAGGUGGUUGCCAACUUCUAUGCCAAAGGAAGCAACCAUGGGACUGAGGACUCUUCCUUUGUCACCUUCACAAAACAGUAGCCCUCCACAUGUUGGACUUCCACAGCAUGUUUGCACCCAUAGAUUCAGUACUUGGAGCUCUAACUUUUAGAGUGUCAGCUAAACAACAGAAUGGUGAGAAAGAAGAGCCCAAAAAGAGCAAGCAAUCUAUGUUUAGCAGUGUAACAGAGGCCCUUGUUUUCUCUCAAGUUAGGUCUGUAAAGGAUGCUGAGCUUCUGGAGGAGGCUAAAGAAGCCACCAGGACUGGUGGGAGAAUGUCAAGGGAACAGGUUGGGGCUCUGAGAAGGAAAAUUGGAGGGACAUACAAGGAUUUCUUCAAAUCCUAUAUUGAGGUGGAUAGAGAAUAUGCGGAAGAAGGAUGGGUAGACAAAACAUGCAAGGUGUGCAAGAAAGAUACAGGGGGUGAGGCAAGGCAAAGAGACAAGCUUGGAAGAUAUAUUCAUGUAGCAUGCUUGGACAAGUCUAACUCUGGAAACUUCUCCACUAGAUUAUUCUCAAGAUGA